AAAUAAACAAAACAAAAAUUAUUUUAGCGGCGUGAAAUUGAAAAUUCUCAUCAUUUUGUAAUUUUGUUUGCUAUCUUCAAUAUUUUAAAACUAUAAAAUACUUUCAAUGUUUGUUUAAAGUAUAUUUCAAAAGUGUUUCAAAUAAAAGAUUAAUUAGAAACCGCUGUCCUCAGCUUCCAUAGGCUUGUUUUAUUACUAAACUUUUUGCCCAGUAAAACACAAACCAAUAAAACACCAACUGCAUUUUACCUAUGUAAAUCAUUUAAAAUUUGUUGAUAACUUUGUAAUGAAAAGAGAAUAAACUGUAAAUAUUUGAAAUCAAAACAAAUGAGAUUCAAACAAAAGUUUUUCUCCAAAAUGAGUUUUGAUAAUAAUUCAACAUCAGAAGAGGAGACACUUCUUAUCAGCGUUUCAAAUUUCAUGCAAACUAUUGAAGCCUACAGUGAUUCAGAGUUUCAAUCAAGUUUCAAAAUGAAAAGAUCAACUUUAGAUCCUUUAAUAGUAAAAUAUGCUCUAUCUAGUUUCUACCCAUCACACUCAAGUCAUGGUGGGGGUAAACAAAAAAUCGAAGCUAAAAAGGAAGUAUACCUUUUUGCUUGCUACUUAACUAGCACUGGGACAUUUAACGAUCUAGCCAAUAUGUUUGGUAUAGUCAAAUCUACAGCAUGGGCUGCUGUUGGACGGGUUAGCAAUUGGUUAGUGUCAUUAGGACCGGAAUAUAUCAAAUGGCCUCAAGGAGAUGUUGUCGAUCAAAUUUGUUCAAAAUUUGAAUCAAAACAUCAAAUUCCAGGUGUAAUUGGGGCAAUAGAUUGCACACACAUUACAAUAGGAAGUAAUAAAGAAUGCUUUUACAAUCGAAAGUUGAAAUUUUCGAUUAUCUUGCAGGCAGUUGUCGAUGCAGAUAUGAAAUUUAUUGAUAUAUGCUGUGGGGAACCUGGUUCCUUAGACGAUGGCACAGUUCUCAGGAAAUCUAUGUUAUAUCAAAAAGUCCAAACUAUCUACAAUCGAUUAUUUCCAUCGAAUACUUUUCUUUUGGGUGAUUCGGCUUAUGCCGCUUCGGAUUGGAUUGUACCACCUUUUAAAAACUAUUAUCAAUUAAAUGAUCAAGGAAGACAUUUUAAUGAUAUUCAUAAUUCGACAAGAAUGGUAAUUGAACAUGCUUUCAGAUUACUUAAAGGAAGAUUCAAGAGAAUUAAUAAGUUUACUGAACAAAGAAAUUUGAAUUUGGUUAAAAAAAUUGUUGUAAGUGCUUGUGUUUUGCACAAUUUGUGCAUUCUUAAAGAUGAUAAUUUUACAAUCGAUGAAGAACCAACUACAGUUGAAGAUAUUUUAGAGCAUAAUAGUGAUAAUAAUGUAGAACUUGAUUUACCUGAUAACAGACGUGAUAGACUAUUUUGGGAAUUAUGUGAAAAAAAUAUUAUUUAAGAAAAAAAUAAAUAAAUUAAAAUUAAAAAAAAAAAAAUUAAAAUAUUAAACUUUUUCUUUUUCACUAUCGACGAAGGUUUGAGAUGUGGGGUUUAUCGCAUGCCUUCUAGUUUUGAAUUGUUCUAGGUUUGAGGCCCACUGAUUGGAGUUGUCGUUGCAUUAGGUUUCUCUU